GUUCAACAACUGCGCCCACGAACCGUUCAGAACGGCUUCCCUCCCGCUCCGGACUCGACUAUCAUCAUCGCAAUUGAGCUUGUCCAGUCUUCAAUACCAACGCCUGAUGAAGAGAGUGAGGCUCCUAAGAUGGAGCGGCGGAGUUCUUUCUCCUCGAACACGGCCUGAGGCUCCUCGACUCGCCGUGUCUGUGUGCAGUGCUCGAAGAUGCCAGACAACCAGUGCCACGCCGUCGCGCAGUCCAGCUCAAGCACCCAAGUACCUAACAGAAGAAACGUUGAUGCAGUUUCCCUCACCUCCGCACACUGCAGCUCGAACUUCAGCCAAAUUGGCAGCUCUCCAUGCUCGUCUAUCCCUUCCCACACAAUUUCCCCUCGAGACCUUGGCGAGAACCCUGGUGGACGCGUCGGCAGAUCCGUCUCUACGAUUCAAUAAUAAGCCCUUUACAGUCUUGGGCAACGACCUCCUCGGCUACUAUACAUCAGAAUACCUCCUCGCACAAUACCCGCGACUGCCGCUGGCCGUGGUAUUUGCAGCCAUGUACGCUUAUGUGGGUCCAGCAACCCUAGCUGCAAUAUCCAAUGAAUGGGGUGUGGAAGCUGCUGCUGAACCUGGUGGAGAGGUUGAUCCAGGCCUGCUCCAAUUCAAAAGGAUACCCUGGAAACAUCAGCCUGAGCAACUUGGCCCCAAGAUUGUUGGGACCGUAUACGAUCCGAAAACCGGCCAUCGACGAGGCAUCAGCGAUCGGUCGGUACGAAACGACGCAUUUGGAGAACCCGCAAAAGAGUUGAACGAGGAUAAGGGAGUAUCUAUGGAGAGAGCACGGAUGGGGUUUGUCAGAGCUUUAAUGGGAGCACUGUAUCUACACGCUGGGAGGGCGGCGGCUAAGGACUUCUACCGAGAUCACUUCAUGUCCCGGCAACUGGAUAUUUCAACCCUGUUCCAAUUCAGACAGCCGACUUUGGAUCUAUCCAAACUGUGCGCCCGGGAGGGGUUUCAGUCACCGGUGGCACGGAUAGAAAGUGAGACGGGGCGGAGGAGCAGGACACCAGUUUUCGUGGUCGGCAUCUAUUCAGGAGAGGACAAGCUCGGCGAGGGAGCCGGUGCGAGUCUGGACGAAGCAAGAACUCGGGCGGCAGUUGCGGCUCUAAAGGGAUGGUAUCUGUACAGUCCGACAGAGUUCCGGCUACCAAGCGAGAUGGAAGAGCCCAAUGCGGCGAAAUGGACACCUAUCUUGGUGGACCCAGGUGAUAUUGUGGUUUGAGUUGGCCUCUUUGCACCAGCAGAGACGUGUAUUCUAGAAUUGACCAGUGGUGUUGCAUAUAUCGGUCGCGGAAAAGGCAGCGUUGUCACAUACCAGCGCCUGGAGCAAAUGUUCAGGGGUCAUUACUGGUACUCCACAACAUUGCUCUCGAGACAUCGUCACAAAAAUCACUCCCAUGACAUACAUUUCUAUCUUCAACUUAUUCCCGGGAGUGUCUGCCGUCAGAUGGAUGCCUCGGUACCUCUCGUCAGGCAGAGUCUGUACGGUGGUGAUGAUUGAUGCAAGGCAACUGAACUCCACACCCUUUUUGUGUGUAGAAACCUUCAGGGCUGACCGGUCAGAGAGGGGAAAUGCAAGCAAGGUUUCAAGUCAUGGUGUGCAUCACAUGGGAUUACCCCGUAUUGGAACCCGAGUCAGUCCGACGUGGUGGGUAGCCCUGGGUUCCCUGGUCAUCGAGGCAGUGGACGGCGAGCGGAAGUGCUUUCCGACAUUACGCAUCUCGCAUCUGGAGGGUCACAGGGUUAGCCCUGGUCAUGACUCUCACGCGGCGUCUUUGUUCUAUUAUUGCUGGGCACUGUGUGACUGUUUGUAUGCGUUAUUGGAUGGCACUGUGGCAUGUGUGGGUGUGUUCGUAGUUCCCCA